GCCAUGGCGGGGUUGCUGCUGCAGGCCUGGGGGCUGGGGGCGGCCUCGCGUAGCCGUGCUGCCCUCCGCCCGCUGGGGCUGCUGGUCCCUCCGUGCCGGGAGCUGGCCGCGCCGGGGUCGGGGCAGGGCUCGGGGGAGGCGGCGCUGGAGGAGAACCCUUUCUAUGGGAAGUACCGGCAGAAGAUCCAGGAGCUGCGGAGAUCCAGUCCAGAGGUGUUUGAGUCCCGUAUGGAAAAGAGAGAUGAAGUGAAAAAGCAGCCGGUGGGACGUUCCAAGCAAGGAGAAUUUAUCAGAUCCAUGGAGGAAAAGGCAGAACGCUCAGGCAUGAAGACAUCAAAGGGAGGAUUCACAAAGGAUAAGACGCUUGAUUCGAUUCUUAAUGUUGAGAUGGUGAAAGAAAAAUCAGCGGAGGAGAUAAAACAGAUUUGGAAUCAAUAUUUUUCUGCGAAAGAUACAGUUUAUGCUGUUAUUCCUGCAGAGAAGUUUGAAUUAAUGUGGAAGAGAGCUCAGAGAUGUCCAUCGUUUUUAUAUGCUUUGCCAAGAAAAGAAGGCUAUGAGUUCUUUGUGGGACAAUGGUCAGGAACAGAAUUGCACUUUACUUCCCUAAUAAACAUUCAGACCCAAGGUGAAACUGCUCCUAGCCAGUUGGUCUUGUACCAUUAUCCUGAGCUGCAGAAGGAAAAAGGGAUAGUACUAAUGACAGCAGAAAUGGACUCCAAGUUCCUGGUGGUCCACGAGGCACAGUGCUUGGCAAAUCAGGUGCCUCUUUUCUAUGCGACUGAUCGGUCCCAGACCUAUGAAUUAGUGGAGACCUUCAACCACAGAUCUGGUGAAUUUAAAUAUAUGUCAGUUAUAGCAGAGCUUGAGCAAAGUGGACUUGGAAGAGAACUGAGACCCAGUCAAGCUUCUGACAAGUCCUAGAGCCUGACCUGAAGGUGAAGAGAACCAGCAGCAGGCAGGUGUUUUCCUAGAUGGGAUCAUCCUAUCUUUAGUUUCAUGGAUGUAGUUUGGCUGCAGUAAAGAUAGGAAGACACCCUUGGAAUGUGAUAAGUCAUGCCUGUCUGGUGCUGAUGUAAGAUGAGGACUCGGGCCAUUUAAACAACAGUAAUUAAUUGCCUAAAUGGAGCCCUGUACUUCAGUCUAACUUCAUCAGAAUGAGCCAUUUUCCUGUUCUCUACCUUCCUGCUGCAUGCUGUCUUUAUGAAAUCUGAAAUAAAUUGACAGAAGGGGAGCUGUGUAAUGGACUGUACUGGCAUCAGGAGAUGGAGAACAAUCAAUAAUUCUUCUCAGUAAAUACUUUUUAAAGGCCCUCCACCAUUAUAAUUGCAUGGUCCACUGCUUUCUAAUCUGUCUGGAAUUCAUAGAGGCAUGUCCAUCAAGAAAAAAGAAUAGGAGUGAUGGUCAUAAACAGACUCCUCUUUGUUACUUUGUGUGAGGUUCCUCCUGUAGGAACCUGUGGCCUAUCUUCUACUCAGGAUUAAAAAACAGAGUGACUUAUUUGUUCUGGAAA